AUGGAUCCGGAGUUACUGAGACAACAAAAAGCAUUCCAGAAACAUGCUGCAACAACAGUGGCUGUUCAAAACAAACCGUCGGCAUCGUCAAAUUCACAUACAACAUACUCCUCGGAAGCAGCAAAAGCUAAAAAGAAGAAGAGCUCAGGACCAUCGCAAAAUUUGUCAAAACUUCCGGAUUUCGAUAACUUCACCAGUAAUUCGAAUGCUCUGUCAAAUGCGACAAACUUCAGUACAAUGGCAAAAAUUGUUGAUUACAUGAAGAAACGACAUUUAAAUCAGCAGCAAUGGCCUCUGACUCUUCAAGAAAUGCUUGAUGAGCUUCAAAUUUACGAUCUUUCGAAAAGAAGUCUCGCCUUUCUCCAUGAAGCUUUGCCCAACAAUCCACGUUUGAUUAUGGAGAACGACAAGUUCGCAUUCAGACCGCCAUACAAAAUCAAAGGAAAAACAUCGUUGGUGGCUGUCGCCAGAAAACAUUAUCAAGACGGAAAAGGCGGAAUUUUGGUGUCAGAUUUAGCUGAAUGCGUAGCGAAUUAUGAUGCAUUGUUGCAGCAAGUAGCACCCGAUGUGAUUGUUGUGCCAACUCAAGUCAAUAAGAAAAAAGAUCGGGUCGUGUUCUACAACGAUAAGGAUUUCACAUUUCCGGAGCUUGAAGACGAUUUUAAAGCAUUGUGGAGAAACGUUUCGGUAGAUCACUUGGAUGAGAAGAAGAUUGAAGAGUAUUUACAAAAGAAGGGUCUCGAUGCAAUGAAGGAUCUGACGCCGAAGGUUCGAAUGCAAGCGCCGCAGAAAAGAAAAGCAGCUAAAAGACGGCUCAACCAAAAAGUUCAAAACGAGCAUAUGGACGGAGUCUUGGAAGAUUACGAAUAA